AUGAGCCUGCAGCGCAAGAGUUUGUCAGAUGCCGACGGCACGCGCAACUUCGCUGGUGGCCACGUGGUCGUGAUUAGCCUGGUUACGAGGAAGUCCUGUGGGGGAGAGCGCGCCUGGAUAUCGCUCUCCGUCUUGGCUUACGGGAGCGGCGAAAUGCCGUGGUUCUACAACAGCAGUUUUGUCGCCGUGCACGAGUGCGCCGCCGAGGCCAUGGGCGGCAGUGCCCCAGGAUGGCCAGCGACAGGGCAGAUCGAGGAGUGCGAGGGGCACAGCCCGGAGGGCCAGGCAGAGGUGAUCCACUUCGGUCACGGGGCCCUGGGGCAGGAGGGCGCCCCGGCGAUCCUGAUGGCGGCCAAGCUGACCUGCUCCAUUCCGGGCGAGGCAGAGCGAGACAGAGCCCCUCCCCUGUUCUUUGACAUCUCCGGCAUCGCGGGCUCCGGGCCCAAAGCGGGCUGGGAGGUGCGGCCGCGUGGGUGGCUCAAACUGCCCUCCCGACUUCGCAUUCCCUCCCUGGCCGCGGCCAGCGAUGGCGCCACCGGCGAGCGCGGGGGUGGGGUCUGCAGGGGCCAGCAAGGGCUGCAGGGCGAGGAAUUUGAGCCGCCCCGCUUGUUCUCGGAGCCGUCUCGAAUCCGCGUCCUCCG